AGAAGGAUGCCAGCAAGACCUCCUGAUCCACCUUUUCAUGGGGGCAGAAGGGAAGCAGCAGCUGUGGAACCAGAUCAGGGUCCAGUGUGCUUUGAAGAUAUUGCUGUUCGUUUCACAGCCGAGGAGUGGGUGUUGCUGGAUCCUGACCAGAGAGCUCUGCAUAAGGACGUCAUGGAGGAGAAUCGUGGGAUCGUGGCCUCUCUUGAUUGUGAUGAAUUGGAAAUUGAGAGCAAAGGUGACAACGAAAAAUUCCCCAGAGAGGAGAAGCCAGGGAUUACAGGAAACGAGAUAAGAAGAAAAGACUGCAAACUCUUUCAAUAUGCUGUUACAGCUGCAAGGAUUCUACUGGCCCAGAAAUGAAAACAAGAGGAAAUACCGAUGAUAGAAGAUUGGAGAUCGAAACUGACGGACUAUGCAGAAUUGGACAAGCUAACUGGGAAAAUCAGAUAUCUUAAAGACCAAAAGUUCAUCGAAGACUGGGGAAAAUUUGUAGAAUAUCUGAAAAAUAUGUGCGAUGUGCAAACAACGUUAGUGGGAUUUAAAGAAGCAUUGUGAAAUUUAAUAGGUAUUGUCAAAAACAAUAGAUGUGGGAGGGAAGACUAAAGACAAUACUAAAGGAGAAGGAAUGCGUAAUUAAGAGGUACAGAUGGAUGAUUGUCAGAGAAGCUGAAGGAAGUCCAAAAAGAGAGAAUUUGUUUGUUAAAAAUUGGACA